AUGGCGCGUCGCAAACAAAUCACCCCAAUGCAGCGCAUCAACUCUGGAGAGGUCAUGCAGGCUCCUUCAGAAGCCCCCGAACAGCCUGCCGUCUACAGCAACGGCCAUGUCUCGUCCCCUUCUAGAAAGCCCACCUCACAGAUUCAACACCGAUCUCAGACACAGCCGUCGCACCCGGGGUUUCUGACCCUUCUCAUCUGCGUUGGCGGCAUCUAUGCCUCGUUUCUGACCUGGGGCGUGCUGCAAGAACGCAUCACCACCACCCCGUACCCGCUCACUUCUGCCUCCGCUGCGCAGGCGCAACAAGAAUACUUCCGCUUCCCCAUCGUUCUCAACACAAUCCAGGCCUUGCUCGCUUUCACGAGCGGGAGCCUGUACCUCUCCUACACGACCGGACGUUUCCGCAUUCUCCCCUCGUCCUCCUCUCUCCUGCCGCUGAUGCUGGUCACGCUGACGACGACCCUCGCCUCUCCCUUUGGCUACGCCUCGCUGGCCCACGUCGACUACCUCACAUUUGUCCUGGCAAAAUCGUGCAAGCUACUGCCCGUCAUGGCGCUGCACGUCGCCCUGUUCCGCAAACGAUACCCCCUGUCAAAAUACAUGAUUGUGCUGGCUGUGACCAGUGGCGUCGCGGUGUUUACCCUAUACCACCCUCCGAAACCCGGCAAGUCAUCAAAGUCGACCCAGAACUCGAGUCUCUACGGCAUGACGCUGCUGGGGAUCAAUCUGUUGUUUGACGGGCUGACCAACACCGUCCAAGACCACAUCUUCCAGUCCCCAACCCGCUACGGCAAGACAUCCGGUCCGCAGAUGAUGGUCAUCUUGAACCUGCUCGGCGCGAUCCUGAUGGGCGCAUACCUCGUUGCAACGCCAUACAUCCCCUCGACCUUCAUCCCACAGUUCGUGCGCGCCGACACCCACGAGCUCUCCCAAGCCAUCUCCUUCUUCCAGCGCCACCCGCCCGUGCUCAAGGACGUCCUGCUCUUCUGCCUCUGCGGCGCCGUCGGCCAACUCUUCAUCUAUGCCACUCUCGAGAGGUUCUCCUCCUUGCUCCUCGUCACGGUGACAGUGACGAGGAAAAUGUUCACCAUGCUGCUCAGCGUCAUGUGGUUCGGUCAUUCCCUAACCAAAGGCCAGUGGAUGGGCAUCGGCUUGGUCUUUGGCGGCAUUGCCGCCGAGGCGUAUAUCCAGAAUCUAGAGAAGAAGGAGAGGGACAGGAGGAAGAAAACUACCGACAAGGCAAGAUAA